AUGACCGACAAGACGUUCCAGGUGGCCAUCGUAGGAGGUGGCGUCUGUGGCAUAGCCUGUGCUAUCGCCUUGCUCAAGGAAGGAGUCGAUGUACACGUCUAUGAAGCCGCGUCGGAAUUUAAGGAGAUUGGGGCGGGUCUCGGUAUCAGCCCGAAUGCGAAGCGUAUCUUCAAGGCUAUGGGUGUAUGGGACGAUCUCAUUACUCGUAUUGUUCCGGGCCAAACGACGAAACAGCAUGCUCCUGCCCAAGCUCACGUUGAUGUAGUGCAACGAAAGAACACAUGGUUUCAGUUUGUCUCCGGUAUGCCGGGCCAUAAAGUUCUUGCCGACUGGGAUUCCAUAGAGCAUGAACGCGUGUCCUAUGGCAUACAUCGAGGCAUAUUCCUCGAUGCUCUGGUGCACUACGUCGACCCCGAGCGUCUGCACCUGCACAAGCGUUGCACGCGCAUCACCACUACUGGAAAGGGUGUCACUAUACAUUUCCAGGACGCGACAACUGCUUCUGCAGAUGUUAUUCUUGGUGCAGAUGGAAUACGAAGUGCAGUUCGGCGCUACGUUACAGACACCUACGACGUCGCGGAUGAUCCGUACCUCAAGUUUAGCAGGGUCAUUUGUUACCGAGCACUGAUACCCACCAAAUCGGCUACUGCCAAAGGGGUCACCAUGGACUUCAGUAAACGGCCUAUCUGCUUCGUGGGCGAGGACAGACAUAUGAUCGUGUAUGCCAUCCAAGGUGGCGCCAUGAUAAACGUGGCGGCAUUCGUUUCAGAUCCGGAUUCUGCGGCCGAUCACUACCCACCCGCUUCCCAUUCUAAAGUACAAACAGUGGCCACCAGCGAAGUUCUGGGGGCCUAUCAUGGCUGGGGUCCUGAGAUCACGAAUCUCCUUUCCUGCGCCGAGAGGCUUGGGAAGUGGGAGGUCAACGUCGUUUGUCCGGCAAUUGCACCUGAGAAGUGGACGAAAGGCCAAGUGACGAUUCUUGGUGACGCGGUUCACGGGAUGCUCCCGCAUCUCGGUGCGGGCGCUGGGCAGGGGAUCGAGGAUGCUUACCUACUUGCCAAGCUCCUCGGUCAUCCGCAGACAACGCUGGAGAAUGUCACGGAGGUGCUCCGCGUUUACGCUGCCGUCCGACAACCUCGCACCCAGAAGAUCUGGGAGGGGAGCCGCCGUGCGGGGGACAUGCUUGACGGUCGGACUCAUGAGAUCCACAUCGACGAGCUUCGAGACAUGUGGGACUAUGCGUGGAACCAGCCACUGGACCUCGAUAUCGAUACGGCUACGCGCAUGCUGCAGGAGAACGGUGCUUACGUGAAGUCUGCUCUGUAA